AUGGAAGAGUUAAUAGUUGAGCUGCGCCUGUUUCUUGAACUUCUGGACCAUGAAUAUCUAACUUCCACUGUCAGGGAGAAGAAGGCAGUAAUAACUAACAUUCUCCUGAGGAUACAGUCAUCAAAAGGUUUUGAAAUAAAAGAACAUGUACAGAAGCAAGAAGUUGCCAACAGUUUGCCAGCACCUCCUCAAAUGCCUCUGCCAGAAAUACCUCAGCAGUGGCUGCCACCAGAUAAUGGGCCUCCACCAUUACCAACAUCUUCCCUUCCCGAAGGCUAUUAUGAAGAGGCAGUACCACUUAGUCCUGGAAAGGCUCCCGAGUACAUCACUUCCAAUUAUGACUCAGAUGCUAUGAGCAGCUCUUACGAAUCCUAUGAUGAAGAGGAGGAGGAUGGAAAGGGGAAAAAAAUGAGACAUCAGUGGCCUUCCGAGGAGGCCUCUAUGGAUCUGGUGAAGGAUGCCAAAAUCUGUGCCUUCCUCCUUAGAAAGAAACGAUUUGGGCAGUGGACCAAACUACUGUGUGUUAUCAAAGAAAACAAACUACUGUGUUACAAAAGUUCCAAGGACCAGCAGCCCCAGAUGGAGCUGCUCCUGAAUGACUGCAGUAUCACGUACAUUCCCAAAGACAGCAAAAAGAAGAAGCAUGAGCUGAAAAUCUCACACCAAGGAGCGGAUGCCCUGGUUCUGGCAGUACAGAGCAAAGAGCAGGCGGAACAGUGGCUAAAGGUUAUAAAAGAUGUGUGCAGCAACUGUAUGGGAGCGGUAGACUCCGAUGGGCUGUUGUCUAGUUCUCCAGUACACAAGACAGAGCUGGAAAAGAAGUUGUCAUCUGAGAGGCCAAGCUCAGAUGGGGAAGGUGCUGUGGAAAAUGGCAUCACUACCGUGUGCAAUGGGAAAGAACAAGUGAAGAGGAAAAAAAGUUCAAAAUCAGAAGCCAAGGGCACUGUGACUAAAGUAACAGGGAAAAAAAUAACGAAGAUCAUUGGUUUAGGAAAGAAAAAGCCAUCAACAGAUGAACAGACCUCAUCAGCUGAAGAAGAUGUUCCAACAUGUGGAUAUCUCAACGUGCUCUCAAAUAACCGUUGGCGUGAGCGCUGGUGCAGAGUGAAAGAUAAUAAACUGAUUUUCCACAAGGACAGGACAGAUCUGAAGACACAUAUUGUUUCUAUCCCUCUCCGUGGCUGCGAAGUCAUCCCGGGACUGGAUUCGAAGCAUCCCCUAACCUUCCGCCUGCUCCGAAACGGGCAGGAGGUCGCUGUGCUCGAGGCAUCCUCCUCCGAAGACAUGGGCAGAUGGAUAGGAAUUUUGCUUGCGGAAACAGGGUCUUCGACAGACCCCGGUGCUCUGCACUACGACUACAUCGACGUGGAAAUGACAGCAAGCGUCAUCCAGGCUGCCAAACAGACGUUCUGUUUUAUGAACAGGCGAGUUAUAUCUACAAAUCCGUAUCGGGGAAGCACUGCCAAUGGCUACGCCUGUCCGAGUGGAAUGGCACUUCAUUAUGAUGAUGUUCCCUGCAUAAAUGGAUCGUUUAAAGGCAAGAAGCCUCCUGCGACUGCUAAUGGGAUCACCGGAAAAGGGAGAACUUUAAAUAGCCAGCCGAAGAAAUCUGAAUCGGUGUCAUGUGUGAAGCGCACCGCAUCCAAUGCAGAGCAGUACAAAUAUGGCAAGAAUCGUGUGGAGGCAGAUGCAAAGAGGUUACAAAGCAAAGAGGAGGAGCUGCUAAAGAGGAAAGAAGCGCUCCGGAAUAGGCUGGCCCAGCUCCGAAAAGAAAGAAAAGACCUACGCGCUGCCAUUGAAGUCAAUGCUGGCAGGAAGACCCAAGUGAUUCUUGAAGACAAGUUAAAGAAGUUGGAAGAGGAGUGUAAGCAGAAGGAGGCUGAGCGUGUAAACCUGGAGCUAGAACUGACCGAGGUGAAGGAGAGCCUUAAGAAAGCCUUGGCUGGUGGCAUCACACUGGGCUUGGCUAUUGAGCCCAAGUCAGGAACAUCAAGCCCACAGUCUCCAAUUUUCAAGCACCGAACUUUGGAAAACUCUCCAAUCUCCAGUUGUGAUACCAGUGAUACUGAAUGCUCAAUACCUGUGAACAGCGCAGCAGCUCUGAAGCGACCUCCCUCGGCAAAUAAUUCUCCAUGUCGAGGCCACGUCCUUCGAAAAGCAAAGUUAUGCGUGAGCCCAGGCCUUAUAGAUGUGGCUAAAGAAAGGGCGUCACACGAAUGGGAGAUGAAAAAUGGAACAUAAAUAUAGCAAAACCACUCACUUUCCAUAAAGGCCUUACCUGUUAUGGACCAAGACAUAGGCUGCAAAAGACUGAUCUGAAAGGUGGUAUCAAGCGAUACAACGUAAGAAAGAGGUUUUCUAAUUCUGUUAGGUUAAUGGUAGCUUGGCGCUAAUUUGCCUGUAUUCCCUCUACUGUAUUGCUGUGUAACUACGUGUGCCCCUUUUUAUUAGCCGUAACUCUUUAUUUUCAACUUCACUGGUAAAGAAAAUGAAAACCAAAAAAACCAAACCAACCAUAGUAAGUAAAAAGGAGCAUAAAGUCACAGUUGAAAGUUUACUUUGCUGAAACAGCAUAGACCAGCAAUGUUAAUUAUAUCGCAUCAGGUGGCCUGAACACCACUGAAGACUGGUGCGUUAAGACCGAUAUGAAAUCAUUAUGGAUAAGAAGUACUCUUACAGGUUAAAACUGACUUUGCGAGGUCUGCCACAGAGGUGGCUGAGUGAAGUCUUGCUCAUUAGCAGUCACCGUGCUGUUAGUGGUUCACGUGGCAAAAGAAAACUGAAGAAAUGUAUUCACGGAAAUGGCAUGGCUUGCUUGGCCGAGAAGGCAGGAGCUCUUCAGUGCCGCUGUCCUCUACGCUGGUGCGAAACUGUGGGAUGACACGACUCAGCUGUGAAGCAUUUUUUGGAUACUAUUUAGACAGAUGCUUUUGUCAUUGGGAGAUAAAAAGCUGCCAUACUUUGAAAAACAAAAAAACCAUUUUAGUACAUUCUCGUUAUUAGUAUUCCGAAGCACCAGUCAUUUUCUAAGGUCAUGUUGUCGAACUAUGAUUUGUUCCUGAUUUUUUUAAAAGGCAAAAGGUAUUUUUAGAUACUGCUUCUUUUCUAUACUUUUAGAAAAAGAAAACGUAAUUGAAAUUAAUCCUCAACAGAUAAUGGCAACUCAGAAUAGCUUACGCAGUCAGUCUUGUUUUGUUUUUUAUGAUAUAGUAUUGUUAUUCUUGAGUUAUAGAACACUGCUGUACUUAGUUUCCUUCGUCUUUUCAGACCUCAGCUAUUAUUUUUGAGAAAGAUGGAUUGAAAAGAUGAUAGUUUCCAGACUCUUUUAUAAACAAUUUUACAAAGAAUUGGGGAUUUUCUUAGACAGGAGCCAAUUUCUGUUUACUAGGAAACAGCGUCUUGCAUUUUAGUCUGUAAAAUUACAGAAAUCUGUUCUUCUUUGUCUCCAUCCAUGUCACUCCUGAGAACUUACAUGCAGUAAAUUGCCAACUGAAGUCCUUCAAAAUCUCAAGAUUGGUUUUAAAAAGUCAGGAGAGAGAGUGGGGAAAAAAACACAUAACGAAUUGGGUUCUUUUAAUUUUUUCUCUGUGGUUUUUUUAAGCCUUUGGAGAGCCUUCAAUCACGUUCUCAAGAUUUUUUUCCUCGUCAACGGUGAGGACUAGAAAAUCACUUUAAUUAAAAAAAUUAAAACACUACUCAUACUUUGAAAUAAUCACAGAUGUUAGGGCUGGAGUCUUGAUAAUUAUUUAAGACUUGCAAUUAAAACCACAGAAGUUGGCACCACAGCAGGUAUCAAGGAUCACAUCCCUUUAUGGCCCAGCUUAUAGUUUGUCUCUUAACUUUAGGAGUAGGUGUGUGUAACUCUUGAAGGGUACACUGGGAUUCCCAGCUGAGCUGGAUGCCAGAGGACUUCCUGCGGGAGCUGGUGGGAUUUGAAGGCACAGAGCUAUCAGAAAAACCUGAUGGUUGAUAAGACACAGGUCCUGUUCCCAGAUGCAGUUAGUGCCAGAGAUCCCAUCGACCUCAGCAGCGUAGAAGCGGGGCCCAAAAUGAGAAAAGGCUCUUUGCUUCUUGGGACUAUGCUUUGUACAAAGUGCCGCAGGAAUGCAGAUACAGUAGGGAAGCAAGUGUCAGUGUGGUUUUCACUGAAAACGGGAUUUUUUUAUAUUAUUUUAGGUCAUCUGCUUACUUACUAACUCUAUAAGUGGAGGGCACAUUCUGUGCUGUAUGAUUCUGCACUAAACAGUAUCAAGUUCCCAUAAAUAUGAGCAGAAACAAAUUUGAAGCAAAAGUAAGUUCAUUUAGGCUUUUUAUUUCAAAUUAAGUUAUUUAUUUGUAUAUUUCAAUAAAUAUUUAAUUUAUAUCUGUACAUAUUUAUGAUGCAAAUUAGGCUUCUAGUCAACAUUUGCAAUGAUGUAUCAGUUGCCAUUAAGAAGUGGUCCCGCAUCAAGUAAUGCAGAAUAGUCAAAAGCCAAAUCACUUGUCUUGUUUACCCAAUAUUGGCAUUGUAUCUUCCACCCCCUAUAUCCAAUGGGAAAAAAAAAAAAUCCUUGGCAAGGACAGGUUUUAAUCCAUGCCUGAGAUAGAAGUGUGCAAAUUUCUGUCCAAGCAAACAGAAAUCGCAUGGUGCUGGGGCCAUGCACAGAACCCCAGCCACAGGGCCGCAGCCUUCUGCUCUGCUGUAGACGCCAGUCGCCCUCGACACCUAUAGCACCCUUGGCACCUAUAGCGCCCUCGGCACCUAUAGCGCCUGCUGCAGCAGGGGCUGCCAGCAAAAUUAAGCAUCUUUCACCCUUCCUCCAGCAAAGGCUCCGUAAAGCCACCACCGCCCCCUCGCCCCCAACCCGGCACGUAUUGUAAUUGUAUGUCUCUAAUGUAUAAGUACGUUGGUACCAUCACACUUUGCAUUAGUGACAUGUCUAUUCUAUAUGAUGGCCAAGGUUUUGAAAGGAGGAAAACAAAAAAACCUCGGGAAAUAACCUCUCUGUAGACCACAUUUGGUGCUGUGAAAUAUACUCCGUUUUGUUGAAUAGUACUAUUGCUGUACAAUUUUUUAUAAAAAGCGACAGAACUUGUAUUUUCACCAAUUUGAGAUUUCAGGAUCACCAGGCAAAGUCAGCAAUAGAGCAGCAUGACUUUUGUUUUAAAGGAAAACUCUUGUAUUUUAAACCAUUGCGUUUCUAUAUCUUUUAAGAAAAUGUUACACUUGUGCUUCCUCAGCAAACUCCUGUUACUGUACCAGGUGCUUUUUUUUAUUGUAUUUUUAUUGGUGAUGCUUUUUUAAAAAAAAAAACAGAUCAUAACUUUGGGGGAUCAACGGUGUUUUUUUUAAUGAGAUGAUUGUGGCAAUUUGAUUUUUCAAAUGGAGAAUACUUAAUUUAGUAUCAAUUUUUGUUAAAGACACUUUCAAAUUAAUUGGCCCAGGCUGUACGUUGUAAGAUAAUGUUCUCAUAUUAAGAAUGUAAUUAUUUCCUUAUUGUAUUUUUUAAAAAACAAAAUCAUAUUUAAAAAUCUCUGUGAAAAAAAGCAUGAAAGAAACAUGAAAAAAGUUUUUGUUUUAUUUUUGUUAUUGGAUAUGUUGGCAGUGCCCAUUAUAAUUGACUGUAAAUAUUGUCUUUCUACUGUUUUUCUCAAUGUAUUUAAGUUUUUUGACACACAUUCAUGUAAACUUCUGUGUUAAAAGAAAAAAAAUCCAAAAGAGACCCACCUACAAAUGUGUGUCUUAGUAGCUUCAACUAACUUUAUGCCUUUCUAGUUUAUUCUUCAGAAAGUCUUGCAGAGUGUGAAAAAAGACUGGCACCUGGUAGGUGCGACAGAUCCAAGAUCAUUAUUAAUAAAGUUACCUGU